GCGGGUCCGGCUGGCGGCGGGUCCGGCUGGCGGCGGCGGCGGGCGGGAGCUGAGUGCCCUGAGUGCACGUGUGAAGAAGCCGCGGCACCAGCGCGGCUGCUGGAGACACCCCCGCCCCCUUCGGAGACUCAGGGCCGCCCUCGACUUUCGCGGCCUCCGUCACCCCUUCAGCUCUGUGCCCUAGGCGAGGAGGCCGGCUUGUGGGGUUGAGGGCGCCGAGAGCUCGGGGCGGCGAGGACGACGGCGUUGAUAGCGGUGGUAACGACGGCCUCAGCAGGCGGGGAAGAUGAAAGGUAGCCGGAUCGAGUUGGGAGAUGUAACACCACACAAUAUUAAACAGUUGAAGAGAUUGAACCAGGUCAUUUUUCCAGUCAGCUACAAUGACAAGUUCUACAAGGAUGUGCUGGAGGUUGGCGAGCUAGCAAAACUUGCCUAUUUCAAUGAUAUUGCUGUAGGUGCAGUAUGCUGCAGGGUGGAUCAUUCACAGAAUCAGAAGAGACUUUACAUCAUGACACUAGGAUGUCUUGCACCUUACAGAAGGCUAGGAAUAGGAACUAAAAUGCUAAAUCACGUCCUAAACAUCUGUGAAAAAGAUGGCACUUUUGACAACAUCUAUCUGCACGUUCAGAUCAGCAAUGAGUCAGCAAUUGACUUCUACAGGAAGUUUGGCUUUGAGAUUAUUGAGACAAAGAAGAACUACUAUAAGAGGAUAGAGCCUGCAGAUGCUCAUGUGCUUCAGAAAAACCUCAAAGUCCCUUCUGGUCAGAAUGCAGAUGCGCAGAAAACAGACAACUGAACAAAUUACAAAUGAACUUUCUUGCACUUGCUUGUCGCCAAAUAAAAGAGAGGCCCAUUGAUUCCCUGCCCCUGUCCCCCGCCUUUCCUAAGUUUUCCUCCCUACUUGUUCCUUUUUUUCCUCAUUUCUUUUCUUCCUCUAGAAGUUUUAAUACUUUCAAGGACUUUUAAAAAUAAUCAUGUUUGGAUUGUUUUAGUUUUUCUUUUUCUCUCUCUCUCUUUUUUUUUUUUUUUUUGGUGUGUGUGUGUACGGUGGUUGUCUUGAAAGAAGGAGAAGGUAGAUCUGUUUAGUUUCACAGUUAAAAUGUAUGGUCCCAAAAUUUGGGUGUCAGAUGAUUUCAAUUUUAUUUUUUUCCUUAUUUCCUGCUUUCACAUUGAAGGGCAGAGCCUACAGAUAUUGUUUAUUUCUAAAGAUAAAAAGAAGCAGCAGCAAUAUCUUGUUCUGUAAUUCAUAGACAAGUUUAGUGUGUUUGUGGUACUCUAGGUUCUUAAAAACUAUUUGUGGGAUGUUAAUCCCUAGACAUUGCCUUCACUCCACCUUUAGUCCUUCUGAGCACUUUCUCAGAAGUUGGACCAUUUUUAUCUUCGUAAGAAAUAUCAAGUUUAUUUAGGUUUUUAAAGCAAUUUUUUCCCCGACUGAUGGAUGAGGCAGUUUGGGUAGGUUGUGUUAUAUUUUGGUCUGAAAGCAUUUGAGUUAAACUGCUUUUUUGCUAAUGAGUGAGCUGGUUAUUAGAAGAUUUGUUUUUCUUUGCUAUUGAUAUUAGAGUCAUUAAUUUUUAGAGUAUGAGCUGGUGAAAAAAACUUUUUUUAUUCUCCCAGCUAGAGAUAUGGCCUUUAACUGACCUAAAGAGCUUUGUUGUGAUCUUUUUUUUUCCCCCAACCUUUUUCCUUCAGCAAACCCAAUAAUAGUCUAACCUUAAAAGUGGAGUUGAUGUCCUUAUAGGUCAGUAUCCCUAAGUCAACCUAAAGCAGGUAUUUUCUCGUAAACAUAUUAAAAAAAAAUACCUAAAAGGAAGCCUAGAUGGACUGUGGCACAAUAAAUGCAUUUAAUGUCAACUAAUGCAGGUUGUUAAUUGAAAGUGUGGCCACUGAACAUUUGAUUGUAUAGGAAAAAAUAUCUAAACAGUAUUUUUGAGAAUAACAUAGCUACGUUAUUGCUUAUCUGUUGGAGAACAUCCCAGAUUUGCUUAUACUCUGUGCCUACAAUAUUGAGUUUAAGGAUUUGGGAUAAGGGGAAUUGUUAAACAAAUUGCUUCUAAGAAAGAUAGAAGCAUAAAGUGUUAAUAAUGCAGAUAUCACUGUGACCUCCUCUACUGACAGACUGGUUUUUGUCAGAACAUUUUCUGACACGUAGAGAGUGGCUUUAACAGGUUGAUAACUUUAUGAGAGACAUCUGGAAUACUUGUGUUUUACUCCCAUUGCCCCAUCUUCAACAUUUAGAAUUUUUUGGUUUGUCAGUAGUGAUGGUUCAAGAAAUGCUCUCAUUAGACUUUACAAACAAUGCACAGGGCUUGAGUUUUCUGUCAUUUGACUUUAAGGAAGUUUGAUUCGUAAUAUUGAUCCUCAUGUAAAAUUCUGGUAUAAAAGUCUCAUCUCCAAAUAGAUUAAAUGACAAUAUUAUUUUAUAGAAUGUACACACUUUAUAUCCUUAAGUUUUUAUUUGUAAGUGUGAGAGUACAAAGUAAAAUAGACUUCCAUAGUCUUGAGUGCCAAGAAAAAUAUAAGAAAGGAAGAUGGCUGGUGAAUGAAUUUUUAGUGUUCUAAUCUUAAAUUAGUAAAAAUGUAGAAAGACCACACUGUUUUCUUCAUUAUCAAUUCCUUAAACAAUCCAAAUGUAGGCUUAGAAGAAAAGUUUAGCAUUAAGCACCUUUACCUUUGUGGAUAAGAUUCAGCUUGCUCUUGACAAGAAAAGAGUGCUUGAGUUACAGGAAGUGUAAUUAGUGUGAAGAAUUCAGCCUUUUUGUAAACUUCCAGAUAUCAAAAUAGAUUUUGAUAUAUAACUGAGUUUUCUGAGAUGACACUGCCUCUAUUUCUAUAUCCAUUUCACCUGGACUUUCUAAGCAGUCCUAUGAAUGUAUCCCUAUAUGUGGUUAUCAAAAACCGAAUAGCUGCCUCACGACAAUUAAGUACUUGUUAUUUAAAGAGGGAAAAAUAUUAAAGUUUGAAUUGAGUUUGUAGGCUUUCUGUCAUUUAGUUUCUUUUUCCACACUAGUUAAAAGAUUUAACCUAAAUUCUGAGUGUUUGUAAAGGGUUAACUAUCCUACAUCAAACUUGUGUUAAAUAAUUCCAUCCACUUAUACAAGAAGAAGAUUUGGAAGAAGUAGAAGUUGGGCACUAGUUUGUAUGCCUAUGAGUCAGUAAUACCCCAUAUUGAGUUGAUUAUUUUGAUAUAUGAUAAAAAAUAAUCUUUGAGGUAAAACAGUAAUUCUGUUAACUGGAAGAUCACAGGAUAUAUCCAUCAUAUUUUUCAGGACAGAUAGUUUUUACAGUGGGGCAAGUAGGUUAAAUUUAUACUGUAUGGAAUUUGCAUUUAGGUUCUAAAGAAAAGAAUCUGUAGAGAAAUCUAUGCAAUGUAUAAUUUGUCCAGAUUAGUGUUCAUUUGAGGAAAGGAGUUCUGAAAUAUCUUCAAAGUUUACUCAUCAAUUGAAAAUCUUUCAAAAAGAGAUUAUUAGGAAACUGGUGUGUGGUGGUGGAAAAGAAAAGCUCCCUCAGUUUUUGGAGGGAAAACUUUAAAAUUACUUUAAUGGCUAAGUUUACUUGGUGCAGUUAAGAAUUAAACUUGUCAAUUUUAACAUUGCUGUUACAUCUGAAAUAAACUUAUGUGAUGUUCUGGUAGUGA